AAUAUAUCACUACUGUUAACUUAACGCCACUAGGCUAGCGAAAUGCAAACAGAGAAAGAGAAGUUUGAGGCAACAGUUGGGGCAAUGUCAAAGCAGUUAAUGGACUUUGUUGAGAAAAUGAACAAACUGGAGGUGGAAGCUAUGAAGUACAAGAGAGAUUGUUCAUUAGUGGUACAGCUUUUGAAGUGUAACCAGUCCCUGGACAGGAAGUUUGUUUCUCAAAAAAUGGAUACGUUACCAUCAGAACUGAAAGACAAGUUGACAACAGAGCUUGACCUUAAAGAAGAAAGACAACCUCUCAGUCAUCCAGACUGGAGCAAAAAACUCUGGAGAACAAAGAGUAUAGGGCCAACAAAUGCAAAAACAGAGCCACAGUCAAAGACUGUACGUACACCUAAGUUCAGUGAAUGAGGGAUAUCAAAAAGUAGUCCAUCCACAAACACUUUGAGCAUAGUUUGCAGAGUGCAUUAGAUUUAAGUCAUCAUCGUGAGCACUUGACACAAGUAAGAAUGUGCAUGUAGGUUUUUUAACUGAAACUGAUUGAAUAGUUUAAAUUUUAAUUUUUUUAAGGCAGCUUUAUCAAGAUUUUAUUGCUAGAUAAAAUUAAGCAACUGACAGAUCUGGCCAAUAAAUUAUAUAAAUUUUUUUUUUAAGAAUGUACCAGCCAUCUGGCUAAGCCAGGUAACUCACUGUGUUUGUA